AUGACCGCCGACACCCCUUAUCCCAUUGACACCCCGUUCAAGGUCGCCAUCAUCGGCUCCGGCAACUGGGGCACCGCCGUCGCCAAGAUCGUCGCCGAAAACUGUGCUGAACAACCUCAAUUGUUCGAUAAGGAAGUCAAGAUGUGGGUCUUCGAAGAGAAGAUCGACGGGAGAAACCUCACCGACAUCAUCAACACCGAACACGAAAACGUCAAGUACAUGCCUGGAGUCAAGCUCCCCGCCAACCUUGUGGCGGUGCCCGAUGCCGUGGAGACUGCCCACGACGCCGAUAUCCUCGUGUUCAACAUCCCCCACCAGUUCUUGCCCAACGUGUGCAAGCAAUUGCACGGCCACGUCAAGCCCACUGCCCGCGCCAUUUCGUGCCUCAAGGGGCUCGAAGUCACCAAGGAAGGGUGCAACUUGUUGCUGACGCUGAUCACCAACACCCUCGGCAUCCACUGCGGGGUGCUUUCCGGGGCCAACAUCGCCAACGAAGUCGCCAGAGAAAAGUGGCUGGAAACCUCCGUUGCUUACCCCAGACCCGCUGACUACAGAGGCGACGGCAAGGACGUCAACGAGUACGUGUUGAAGAACUUGUUCCACCGCCCGUACUUCCACGUCAGCGUCAUCGACGACGUUGUUGGUGCCUCGAUCGCGGGGGCGUUGAAGAACGUCGUCGCCAUCGCUGCCGGCUUCGUCGAAGGUGCCGGCUGGGGUGACAACGCCAAGGCUGCCAUCAUGAGAAUCGGGUUGAAGGAAACCAUCAAGUUCGCUGGGUACUACGAGAAGUUCGGCAUUGAGUGCCUGACUCCCCCCUCGCCCACCACCUUCACCUCGGAACUGGCUGGUGUUGCCGACUUGAUCACCACUUGCUCUGGUGGCCGUAACGUCCGGGUGGCCCGUCACAUGAUCGAAAACGACGUGCUGGCGUGGGACGCCGAAAAGGAAUUGUUGAACGGCCAACUGUCGCAAGGGAUCUUGACCGCGAAGGAAGUCCACGAGCUCCUCGAAAACUUUGAGUUGAAGGACGAAUUCCCUCUCUUGGAGACGACCUACCGGGUGAUCUACGAAGGCGCCGACGUCAACGAAUUCCCCGACACUUUGAGCCACUUGUAA